AUGCUGGAAGCCUGGGAAGUAUAUUCGAAGCCUGUUCCAGCCAGCUGUGGGCAAUUGUUUAUUCAGCUCCUGCUGAGUGCUCUCCUAGCAGGGGCUGCUGGUGGGCUGGCCUACAACUGGUUGGCUGUCUCCCUGUUGUACCCAGAAAGAACCUCUGCAACAGGAGCCCUGGCUUGUGGCUUCUUGCUUUUCCUGGCCCUCAGUCUAGUCCACCCAGCCCGGUGUCUGCUUGCCAUCACUGUGCCCACAUUAGGCACGAGGCAGGGUCGCCGCCUGCUUCUGUCAUCUGGUUUCUCUGAGCUGGUCACCCAUGUGGUACCCAACAUUCUGGCCAAUGUGGGUGCCACCACCCAGGUGCUGAGGUGUGUGGCCCAGGGCACUCUGGAGAGCCUGCUCAACUCCACCCACCAGCUAGAGGCGGCCACAGAAGCCUUGGACCAGGCAGCUGGGUGGGCAGGUGGCCGGAGACUGACUUUUGAGACCCCUGGUAACUGCUCUGCCCUGUAUCUCCAGAUGCUUGUGGCCACCCAGAGAGUCUACAAAGAUGUCUCCGCCUUGGAGGCAUUGGUCCGGGGAUUGGCUCUGGGCACCAGCCGGGUGUUCGCUGGAAUUUUCGUAAUCUGCCUCCUAUCUGAGUCAGGGUGGUACCUGAAGGGUUACCUGACAGACCUGCAGUUCGAUAACCUGUAUAACAGCAAACGAUUGGAGCAGCUGCUCAGGGGGAGCCAGGGCAGCCCCCCAGCAGCCUCUCUUCCAACUCUGGUCCUCCAGGUGACUGGCCUGAGGCUGUCCCGGGCUGAAAUUUUCCACUGCCUCUUUCGCUUGGCACUUCUGGGUAUGCCCCUGGGAGCCAUGGCCGUGAUCGUGGCCACAGAUUACGUGGCCUUCCUUCUGGCACGCACGGCUGUAGAAUGGGCGCAGAAGCUGCCCACUCUGCCCAUCCAUCUAAGCAUCAAGUAUGAUGCCAAGUACACAGUCCUUGCCUUCAUCUCUUUCAUUUUCAAUCAGCCUUCUGAAGGAAGAUCCUUGGACAUCUACCAGGAUACAUACAAGUGGGAGCUACGCUUCACCUCGGCCAGUUGCCAGUUGCACCCCGUUCAUCCUCCACAAUGCACAGCAGCAUUGGCCGCUGGAACCCUCUUCCUCUUUGCUUCUGCCACAGUCUUCCUGGAGACCUAUGCCCGCCGUCUGGUUCACAGAGUGGCUGCCUCCUUCUUCCAGGCUCAGGAGGAGCAGAGGGCCCAAUACCUGUUUGCCCGGCUCCACCGAAGUCAUCAGAAGAGGAAGAUAGAACCUUUGCUUUUCUUAUAUGUUUCCUUUCCUGCAGUCCUUCCUCUGAAUGUGGGUAGCAUCUUUACC